AUGGCACAAGCAUCCAUUGCGAUUAUAGCAGUAAUUGGUUUCUCAUUGAAAUCAUAUAUAAAUGGUAGAGUAAUAUUUAAAACAUAUCCAAUAAUACUAUUGUUAGGAUCAAUCAGAGCUGGAGUAAUGGCAUGGAGUUUGCAAAAAUAUAAAUAUCGUAUUGUAUGGACUUGUAAUAAUGGUGGGGUUCAAUGGUCGGAUCCUGACUCACCUGAUUAUACACCACCGUUACUUGAUUCUAAAAGAUUACCUCUUGGAUUUUGUAAAAGUGGUAUUGAUAAUUUUGUUGCAAUUUUCACUCUUUCCUUGUUAUUGGAUUUUGUAAUAAUGGUAAAGAUCAAUUAA